AUGGAUUAAUUAGCUCCAAACAGCAUUCCUAUUCAAUAAAAUUGCAUCUUUCAUCCUCAAAAUAAACUCGCUUUUAUAUAAGUUAAGGAAAUUUCAUCCCUUCCUAACUCUAACAUAUUCUAAUGUGUUGAUUGUUUUGAAUAAGAUUUACAAUUUAGAGGUGCCAAUUAUAUGCUCAUCUAAAAAAAUAUUGAAAAUUCAGAAUCUGACUUUCAUUAUAAAUGGCCGCCACUCAAUGAUUAGCAGAUCAUUCAGAAUAUUGAUCUGAAAGCUAAGAAUCUCAAUUCAACAUAAAGCGUCCUCAAUUAAAUCAAUUCUUACUUCACUUAGCUAAAAGAUGAAAUCAUAAAAAAAAUCGAUGCCUCUUAGAAAAAAGCAAUCAAUCAAGCUCUCCAAAUGCCUUUUAGCAAAGACUAAAUUUUGAAAAGGUAUCAAGAAAUAUCUUAAAUUCAAAAUUUAAAAUCACUACUCAUGUAAGACUAUAAUAAGUCUUUUGAGCUCUAAUAAAAAUCAUGUAAAGAAUUCAUUUAGUAAGUAGAAUUAAAUAAAGAUAAAAAUACACAACUGCUUUAAGAGUUGCUUAAUUAAUGCGAAUAAAUUGAACUAUUAAUUGAUUUUGAUAGAUUAAACAAAAGCAAAGUAUUUUUAUUAGAUUUUUUAGAUUAGCUUAACUUUUUUGAAGAUUAAACAUAAAGUCAAGUCAGCUCUGAAAAUCACUUAAAUAAUAUUAUUUUACCAUAAUAAGAUAAUAGUAAAAUAGAUUAAUUAAUGAAUUUAAUUUCUAACAAAACCAAUUAUUGCAGUGAAGUGUUUUUGAAUCAAAUUAGACAAUAAAUGUAAAAACUAAGUCUCUUUAUUGAAUAAAUUUCAUUUGAUAAAAUGAAUUAAGAAGGUAAAAAAGCUAUCCGAUUUUCAGAAUUAAAUGAUAAAAAAAUAAACAGUAUAAAUGAAUAUGUUGAGCAUUUAAUCAAAAUAUAAGAUGAUCCUUAACACCUCUAAUCAGUUAAGAAUUCAGUUUAAAUAUCAAAUCUAUUCUAUGUACUUGAUAACAAUUUCAAUUUUAUCUCAAAAAAUUAUCCAGAUAACUUGAUGAGAUACUUAAUUGAAACAUAUCCAUUUUCAAAAAAUAUAAACACAGACCAAAUGUUCUCUGAAGAAUAAAGCUUUAAUAUUUUAAGGUGUAUAGAUACAAAUUAUAUAAAAGAGUUUGUUAAAAUAGGAGCUUAUGCUAAUUAUGGUAGUUCUAUGAUAGGAAUUAUGAAAAAUGAGAAUUUCAAUAGAUAACAGGGAAAUUAAGAUAAAAUGAGCUACCAUUUUAGAUUAUAAAAUAAUAAGAUGAAAUACUAUGGAGGUUUUGGAAUUGAUAAGUUUGUAAAAGGAGAUAAGACAUAAUUGCUAGAUGAAAAUUGUACUUUAGAGUUGAGAGUUUGGUUAGAAGGAUAGUAAGUUGAGAUCUAUGUUUAUAUUUCUAUUUACAAGAGAACUAACAUAAAUAUAUCUUAAAAGAAAUAUUAAUAGUUGAGCAGUUUUGAAAAUUAAUGUAAGUAAGGAUGA